UUUGCUUUGAAAUCUGGCAACCCCACUCCUACUCGCUGUGUGGUUUUUCCGUUGUGAAAAGAGACGAAUGUCUUCGGUAGUUUAAACUGGAUUGUUGUAAAUGAGAUAAAUAUACAACGUUUCUUUUUUUAGCAGAACUAUUCCGUUAGCUGGUUAUAUAUACCGACAACGAAAGUUAUACAGUGUGUUUUAUUAUAUAUAAAUUUAUUAUUGAUUUGUCUAGUAACGGCUGUGAGAAAGAAAAAUGGAGUCGGCUGUUAGCCGCUAUCAAGUGUUGCACAAUGAGGAUGACCCCUCUGAAAGCCUUGCAGAAGAGCCUUCCACUUCCUGCCAGGCUGCUGCUGCUAGCAACCCUGUUGUGAUGGCACCAGAUGGCGAGGUUCCACCCCCCUCUUAUGCCAGUUUGGCAUUAGGAGCUACAGCCACUCCAGAGCAUGUGUUUCAAGGGGAUUUUCCCAUUCCACCCCCCUACAGCGUGGCCACAUCACUUCCGACCUAUGAUGAGGUUGAGAAAGCCAAAGCAGCUGAACUUGCAGCGUCAACUGGGGACAGCAUAUCUCGAGAUGAGGAUUUUCCUCCACGAGAUGAUUUCAGUGAUGUUGAUCAACUGCGUGUUGGAAAUGAUGGCAUCUUUAUGCUGGCCUUUUUCAUGGCCUUCCUGUUCAACUGGAUUGGCUUCUGCUUGUCCUUCUGUCUGACUAACACCAUUGCCGGACGUUAUGGAGCAAUUUGUGGAUUUGGACUGUCACUCAUCAAGUGGAUCCUCAUCGUCAGGUUUUCUGAUUAUUUCACCGGGUACUUUAAUGGACAGUACUGGCUGUGGUGGAUAUUUCUGGUUCUGGGUCUCCUGCUGUUCUUUAAAGGUUUCGUGAACUACCUGAAGGUAAGGAAUAUGUCUGAGGCCAUCGCCAGCACACAGAGGGCUCGCUUCUUCUUUCUCUACUAAAGGAUCAGUUCCAUACGAACAUUCCACCUGCUGAUUUGUAACUUGUUGAACAUCAACAUAAACAGGAAGUGGAUGCAAUGCGAAGGGACAUGAAGAAAAAGAGCACAGAGAGAGGACAAUAAGGAGCUCUGCAAAAAGCUUAUUAAAGCCACUUGAGGUUAAUCAAAUCCUCAUUUAUCUGUGUUUUUUUCCCUAAAAUUUUAUGUAGAUUAAUAAGAAAGUUUGCUAGUCUGGGAAAAUAUUUACUGUUGAAUGACGAUCUACAAACUGCACGGAGCUAAAAAAAAAAAAAUAAUAAUAAUGAACAAAAAACACUCAAAAAUAUGCAGCCAAGAUGUCCUAUGCAAUUUUAUUAAUUUAUAUGUAAACAGUAAUUUGUAGAUCAAUUAGCACUUUUUUGUGAAGAGUGGAAUUAAGGACCUUGGCAACUUUUAUUGCAGUAUUAACCUGUGCGUCAUAAUUUAAUUGUUUAAAUAAUGAUAGUCAAACUUCAUGCUAAUGUAUGCUAUUUUUUGCACAUUUUCUGAUGUUUCUGAUGCUGUGUGCUUAAUUGUAUUGAAGAGCUUGUGGGAUUUUUUUUUUAUUUAACUGUGUUGUGAUUAUUUACAGUACAUGCAACAGCCAGUCAAAUGGAGAGGAUUUAAAAAAGGUCCUCCUGUUUAUUUUACUGCUACAAUUAUAACCCUGUUUACUUUAAUGAACUGUUUGUUUAGCUAAUUAAUACUCCCAGGUUAAAUUAUAAAUUAGAAUUGUUAAGACUGGAAGUGCAAUUCCUAAAUGUUUCUUUUUUUUCUUAUUAGAUUUAUAUCAAUUAAGUCACAAGGUGUAAAUUUCCUUAAACUGUGAACAGGCAUUUGAUUGGUGUAGAAAAUGUAAACCGCUUGAAUGCGGCAACUGUUUGAUCAGCAAUAGUGGCUAAUUAUAACAUAGCUCAGUGCAUGGUUAUAACAAGCAGCUGCACAAUAUAAAACUGGAAAAAAAAUAAUAAAACCUGGAAAAAUGCUUACAAACUGUUUACAUUUA